AUGCCGAGGGGAGGCAGCGUCGGGCUGGCGACCCUGCGGCCCGGCGGCCCGGAGCUGGCCCCAGGCCUGUGCCCAGCAGCCCAGGCGACCAUCAAGCUGGUGCUUAAAGUCAGAAUUCAGAGGCCCAAAGAAAAUGACUUCACUGAAGUUGAACUGAACAGAGAGCUGAGUUCUCAAAAUCUACUAAAAGUGAGUUGCUGUGAAUGAGGGGUUAAGCCAGAGCAAGUGAAGAUCAGGCCACCAAACACGCUGCUCAGAAAGGACAAAGACAUUUUAAGACUACAGGACUUCCAGGAAAUAAAACUCGUUUCAAUGAAAAAUGGAAGCUCUGAAUUGGUAGCACACGCACCAUCCCUGACAGAGAAGCCCUGCUUAAACAGCCACGCUGCAAACCUGACCUAUUAG